UGACGUCAGAGGGAGGACAGUUACAGGAGGAAGUACUUCAACUGCAACCCGCUGCUGACUGAAACACUCAGAGACUGAGGCAACUUUCUACAGCAGGGAGGGAAACACAGCUGACUGCCUGUUGUAACCUGAUGUCUUCUGGGUUUUCAGCUUCAGAGACCAAAUGGCUUCCAGAUCAGAGGAGGAUUUCUGCUGUCCGGUCUGUCAGGAGGUCUUCAGAGAUCCUGUUGUUCUGUCAUGUAGCCACAGCUUCGGUAAAGUCUGUCUGAAGAGCUGGUGGAGAGAAAAACAAGCACCUGAGUGUCCAGUUUGUAAGAGAAGAUCUUCAAAGGAUCCCCCGCCUAACCUGGCGUUAAAGAACCUGUGUGAGGCCUUCUUACAGGAGAGAGAUCAGAGAGCUUCAGAGGCUCUCUGCAGUCUGCACUCUGAGAAAAUCAAACUCUUCUGUCUGGACCAUCAGCAGCCAGUGUGUGUCGUCUGCAGAGAUUCAGAAAAACACAGCAACCACAGAUUCAGACCCGUCGAUGAAGCUGCACGACAACACAAGAAGGAACUUCAGGAAACUCUGGAGCCCUUAAAGGAGAAGUUAAAGGUUUGUGAACAAGUUAAAGUGAAGUUUGAUCAAACAGCAGAACACAUGAAGGUCCAGGCCCGACACACAGAGAGGCAGAUUAAGGAGCAGUUUAAGAAGCUUCAGCAGUUUCUA